GGCAAAGGAAAAGAAUGUCCAGUGUGUGUAAGUAAAGAGUGUGUAAUUGGUAGGCCUAGGAAGUAUCAGAAAAUGGCUGUGAUCCCGUGUCACUGUUACCGUAUCGUCGCAUCAGACAAACCCUACCUCUCCGGUCACAAUCUCCGCCGUCGCUCUCCUUUCCCCUCCUCCAUUUCAUUCCGCCGUCGAAUAUCGUGCGUCGCCUCUCCCGCAGUCACUCAGAAAGUUGCGUUGAAAGAUUUUCUUCACAUAGAUGAUUUUGAUAAGGACACUAUUUUGAAGAUGCUGGAUCGGGCCAUUGAGGUAAAGGCGUUGCUGAAAUCAGGGGACAGGUCCUUUCGACCUUUCGAGGGGAAAACCAUGUCGAUGAUAUUUACAAAGCCGUCCAUGAGAACGAGGGUUUCGUUCGAGACUGGCUUUUCAUUGCUAGGCGGGCAUGCCAUAUACUUAGGACCUAAUGAUAUCCAAAUGGGCAAGCGAGAGGAGACUCGUGACAUUGCUCGUGUUCUGUGUCGCUACAAUGACAUCAUUAUGGCUCGUGUUUUUGCCCAUCAGGACAUACUUGAUCUUGCAAAAUAUGCAACUGUGCCAGUCAUCAAUGGGUUGACGGACUACAACCAUCCCUGCCAGAUAAUGGCUGAUGCCCUUACUAUGAUUGAACACAUUGGUCGGUUUGAAGGUACCAAGGUUGUCUACGUUGGAGAUGGAAAUAAUAUUGUUCACUCAUGGCUGUUGAUGGCAUCUGUGAUUCCAUUUCACUUUGUUUGUGCCUGUCCGAAAGGAUUUGAACCUGAUGCAAAAACAGUUGAGAAGGCAAGGAAGGCUGGAAUCAGCAAAAUCGAGAUAACUAAUGACCCCAAAGAAGCUGUUAAAGGAGCUGAUGUUGUGUAUUCAGAUGUCUGGGCCAGCAUGGGGCAAAAGGAAGAAGCUGAACAUCGGCGCCAAGUGUUUAAAGAAUUUCAGGUAAACAAAGAUCUGAUGGAAAUUGCUGGUUCAAAGGCAUUUUUCAUGCAUUGCUUACCAGCAGAAAGAGGGGUGGAGGUGACUGACGAAGUUAUUGAAGCUCCAAAUUCAAUAGUCUUCCCACAAGCUGAGAACCGAAUGCAUGCACAAAAUGCCAUAAUGCUUCAUGUACUCGGCAAGUAGAAAAAUUAGCUAGCGAACACCUACUGCAACAGUUAGUUUUGGUUUUCAGCAGUAUGUUCGGUCUAUUAUUAACUUCGGAAUUUUGACUUGCUUCGGUAUUAUCUACUAGCACUUUAAAAACUGGUAAAUCGUAAUAAAAUGGUAACAGUAUCGAGUUUAUUUUUCUCUUA